GACCACAUGCGACACGUUUUCUAUGAUCCAAUCGUAAACACUGGGCAGUGUCGGCACUCGGCACUCGCCACUCACUGCUGCAGAUAAACAGAGGUUGAAGGGAAGUGGUGUGCUGUUUUCUUCGUCGUGGGAUCAAAAGAAGACCAUAAUGUCGUCUGUGUGGAAUACUGCAGAGAACCUCCUCUUGGGACCUAGCAUGGAUCCAGUCAGAGGGCGAACUGCACACCUUGCUGAGACUGUGGAUGGGAGUGAAGGUGGUGGACACCUAAUAACUGUAGCAAACUCAAGUUCUGGAGUGACUGCUGUGAGUACUCCUGGCUUUGUAGGGAGUGUUCCAGGCAGAUCAUCACCAGGAAAUACAUCUUCAGGAAGACUUUCUGCUGACAAGGGUAGAGGACGUGGUGCCAGUCUUCCCCCAGCCAUUGCUGAAAGACUAGCCAGACACAAAGCUCAAGAGCAGCUGGUGUACAAACGCAAGAUGAAGCUUUUGAGACGGAUUGUGAAAGACCUUGUAUUUGAAAAUGCAGCACUGUGUGACCAGGUUGCAGAGGUCCAGCAACAAGUGGUGGUUGCAGCAGAGGAGAGAAUUUUUCUGCUCAAAAGACUUCUACAACAUCAAACCACAAAUGACAAUCAUAGUCAACUUCCAGCAAAGAACAAUAACUAUUUCGUUUUGGGCAGUGGAAGUAUUGAAAAUUGGGACAGCAAGAAACCUAAAGUGGCAUCACUGAAGCGAAAGCCAUCCGAUCCCUCUCCUGGCCUAGGUAGCACAACACCAUCUUCUGUUGGAUCAUCAGAAAAAGUUAAGGCAAGAAAGAGUGGAAGCAGCAAACCCAAACGCCUUUGUCCUCCCAUCACUUUAGACUCUGCUGGACGUCCAAUCUUCCCUAUAACUCUGGGACCACUUACAAUUCACAGUCUGGGAGAGAUAAUCAGUGAUCGGGAGGCUUAUCACAAUGAACAGUGUAUAUUCCCAGUUGGCUUUUGCUCCUCAAGAAUAUAUGCAAGUCUACGAGAUCCACUUAAACCAGUAUUAUACACAUGCAAGAUAUUGGAUGGAGGUCCCUCUCCAAGAUUUGAGAUUGUCUGUGAAGAUGAAGAAGAUGCAGUAGUGGCUGGUAGUUCUCCUGCUGAGUGUCAUAACCAGAUUCUUCAGACUAUUAAUCUGUCUCUUGAUAUGGAUCUGUUAACCAUCAGAUCUGAAGGUACUGAUAGUGAUGAGAGAGGCUGCAGAUUUUUUGGACUCACUCAUCCCAGUGUACAGAAUGUGCUGCAAGCCUGUCCCGGGGCCAGAAAAUGUUCUCGUUACAAGUGGAUCAAAUUUGAGGUUUGUCGAAGUGAAGCAGAGGUGGAAAGUGUAUUUGAGGGAGAGAAAGAAGCAUCAUUGUGUCAUGAAGCUCUUCUGCGUAACAUUCGCUUUGCUCGGCAUCAUGUGACAUCCCCAUGAAAUUUAGGUAAUAAACAUAAUACAUUGC